CCCUUAUCUUUGGACUAUUGCCUUCCCCUUGUUUCAUAAUAUAUCAAUGUGUAUAUACACAGGAACGUAACGAGCAUUUUAUAUGGACUCACAAAUACACAGACACUAAGUUGCAGUUCUUGCUGGUGUUGACUAUUCAUCAUUUACCCCGCUUGAUGGACAUUGGGCCACCAGAUGAAGAAGGAAUCGAAGGAGGAGGAGGAAAUGGAGGAAAUGGAGGAGGAGGAGAGGAUUACGAGAUUGAAGAAGACCUUGAGUACAAUAACAACAACAGCAACAACGACAACCACAAGGACAACAGCAACGAAGAGAUAGCAUCACUAAAGACAGUUCCCUUGAUUGUGUCAUCAAGAUUAUCAUCUGUGUCGUCAACGUCGACGAUGUUGAGGAGGGGCGCAAACGAGAUCCGUCACAGGAGGAACGAAGAAAACCAUCGCCCCGUCCCUCGCACACGUCUCACGGUCCAGUGCAAGUCGAAAUUUGAGCAGGACCUCGAGAAACAACCAGCUGACUCACCGUCUGUGCCAUACUUAGCGACGUUCAUUAAGUGGUUAGCCACAUUCCUGCUUGGGUCCCUCUUUCUCACUUCCCUUGUCUUCAGCCGUUUGUCAAUGAUAUCACUAACUCAGCAUUUCAAUUCCUCUCUGAUGCUCGGUGGCUCUGACAACAUCCAUGUCUAUGGUGAACAGGAUUAUGUGGUAUUCUCGAUGUUACUGCUGCUGCUGAUUAUUCCCCACUGCAUCACACUGCUGCAGUCAAUAUGGGUUGGUGGUCUUGGAAGCCAUACCCCGUGGCCAGAUAAUAUUGGACUUGCAAUCAUUGUACUGACCAGUCUACUGGAAUCGACUGGGAUGUGUAUCUUCGUUUUUGGUUCCCUUGGUGAUGAAGAGGCUUUGUUCAGUGUAAUUUUCAUGAAAAUGAUAUUCUUCAUCACAACAGCAUACAACCUCUAUCGGUGCCUCAGCAUCGGCUUCUCAAGAGUCAAGAAAUGGUCCAUACUCUUCCUCAUUACACUGUUCUUUGAACUCAGUGGAAUUGCCUUGGCUUUCUAUAGCCAUGCAAAUAGUUACGACCGCAGUUGGAGGCAAAUAGUUUUCCCUCUUCUGUCUCUGUUGUCACUCUCCCUCGCCUGGCUACCACCUCUCCAGAAACGGCAAGUCAUCCCACGGAGCGUGCCGCAACGUGCGAACUACCGGGCCCAGAAGAACCUCAUAUACCAGAACCUGGAUAUUGAAACCGCCCGGUGGAAAGCCGGAGCUAUAGCCGCCUUCUGCAAAGCUGUCUUCACAGUGUGCAUUGCAUUUGCUAUCAAUCACCAACUUGUCUCCGAUGAGACCCAACCUUGGAAAGUGCUAACAAAAUCUAUCGCUUGGAGAGAGCACCCAGUCGAACUAAAGAACUUCCUGACCAAUCUGUGUGCUAGUUUCAUUGGAAUUCUUGUUGCUUAUGUAACCUGUAAGAUCUCUUUGGACUUUGGGGCAUUUGGCAUUCCACUCUUCCUGUCAGGACUGCUCUGCAUCUUGAUCCUGGCGAUCCCAACUGUUUGUGACGUCUUCCAAACCGAACAAGCUUUAUUCCUUGUUGCCAGCUGUGAAAGCAAAAGUAGCGAUAUUAAUUUUACUCUGAUAGCUACCAUCUGUCUUAUUCUGGCUGAGAUCCUUGCCUCCUGGUAUAUUAUUUUACAAGCAGACAAAAAUCUUUUGCCGAAAGAUUCAGCGAUAUUCCUAAUGCCUGGCUACAAUGGUGUCAUGCUUGAAGAAUGGAUCGUGCUGAACCGACAUCGUGAGCCAGAAUCCUCCCCUAUAGACUUCAAAGAAAGGGUAAAAAACAGCAAGAUCUACAUAUGUACCACUAUGUACCGAGAGGCUGAUUAUGAAAUGAAGCAACUUCUGGAAUCCAUCAACAGAGUCAAAGUGGCACAGUUUGAAAGCAUCAGGCAUUUCGAAUCACACAUCUUUUUUGAUGGAGGUGUCAAAGGUUCAAAGCCAACAGAAUUCGCUCUGCAGUUGCUCUCCUUACUACCAUCAACUUUAGAUAUUUCUCCCAAGAACUGCAAACAGUUGAAGACCCCAUAUGGAAUAUGUCUGAAAUGGAAUUUACCAGCUCCUGGGGGUAAGAACAGAAUGAAAUUCUGUAUCCACCUCAAAGACAACUUGAAGACUAUUAUUACAACAAUUUGUAACACGGAGAUACUUAAUAUACAAUUGAGCACUCUUCUCUCAAAAGCAAAACCAAACACAGAAGCCACACGUUUAUAUUACUUCCCAAUAAAACUUCUUUAUUACCAUACUAGCAGAAAAACCCGGCGUUGCCCGGUUUCAGAGAAUUCUGAGGGUUUCAUCCUGACCACAGAUGCUGAUGUAUUUUUCACCCCUGACUCAGUGGAAGCUCUCCUUGAUCUGAUGACCCGCGAUGAAUCUGUUGGAGCGGUGUGUGCGAGAACACACCCUCUUGGCUCUGGGCCCCUCAUUUGGUAUCAGAAGUUUGAGUAUGCCAUUGGUCACUGGUUUCAAAAGUCUGCUGAAGACAUUCUAGGUUCCGUUCUCUGCAGUCCUGGUUGUUUCAGUGUGUACAGAUGUGAUGCCAUUAUGGACGUGUUACCAACAUAUUCCACUACAGUCAAUGAGGCUUUUGAUUUCCUCAUCAAAGACAUGGGAGAAGAUAGAUGGUUUUGUACAUUAAUGUUGCAGAAUGGGUGGCGAAUUGACUACUGUGCUGUUGCCACCAACAGCACUCACUGUCCCGACGGCUUUGACGAGUUCUUCAAACAGCGCCGUCGUUGGAUUGUGUCAACCAUAGCCAACUUGAUCCUGGUCGUCAAAGAAAGUCGACUUAUGAUGAAAUUCAACAGACACAUCUCUGUUUUCUUCAUCAUCUAUCAAUUCGUCUUGCUUCUGGCCACAGUCAUAGGCCCAGCGACUGUUAUUCUGGUUGUCUCAGGUGGUCUCCAAUAUGGUUGGUCAAUAUCUCCAUCAUACAGCAUCAUAAUCCAAUAUGUUUGCAGUGCUAUCUUCAUCAUCAUCUGUCUUGGUGCUUCUGGCGAUUUCCAGCUGAAGAUUAUAGAUCACAUCUAUCCAGACUCUGGCAUACCACCCGUCUCCAUCAGUGACAUUUAUCUUUUCGCUCUGAUCGCAAUAUUCCUGUUGUCCUCACUGUGUCACCUCCAAGAGAUAACAAACCUACUCAACGGCGUCUGGUACCUUCUCUGCCUCCCCACAGGAUACCUCGUGCUUAUCAUGUACAGCAUAUGUAACCUCACUGACAAAUCAUGGGGAACAAGGGAGGACAGUUCAGCAUCGACGGGCAAAGAAACAGCAUUCCUGAGAUCAUGUUUCAACACGCUGAAGAGCAUUUUUCCCUGCUGUAGGACAGGAGAGAACAGGUCAAGCAGUGGGUCCAUCAUCCAGCCCCUUCAUACACCAACUAUGCUAAAACCAGGUGGUGAGGACCUACAAAGCACCUCAGAGAUUGAAGUUAGUAUCAACAUGGAUGGAGACUCGAAACAUGAUACAGUUGAUGGUCAACUUCUCUCUGUUGAAUAUGGUGUAAAAGUUAUACCAGUGCAGGAAUGGUUACCAGACAGCUUUAAGGAUCUCUAUUCCCAGUAUUUCAUGCGGAAUGGCUAUGAUGACACACGAUUGAUAAGUGGCAUGCAUGAAAAAGAACUGGUUGACAUUGGGAUCAAGUCAAAAGGUCACAGGCAAUAUUUGAUGGACAUGAUAAAGCUGUUACCAGAUUUUGAACCAGACACUGAAGUACCGGAAUCAGCCCUGAUAUGGCUACAGAAUAUUGGUUUAUCAAUGUACAAGGAGAACUUCAAACGCAACUGCAUCAUUUACCGCAGAGACAUGGCUGUACUGAAGACCAUGAGUAUAUUUGACAUCAAAAGAGAACUGAAGAUUAUCAAAAAAGGUCACAUAAAGAGGCUACAGCUGGCCAUUAAGAAACUCCUGGACCCAACCGAUGCUGAACGAACCAAGAUGCAAAUCAAGCGUGACCUCUCCAUGACUCGCAUGAUCGAUCUUGAAGAGGAGAAUCCAGUAGAGGAUGACUUUUGGAAGGAGCUUGUCCAAGAGUGUCUGGACCCAUCAUCAGCUUUCAGCAGAGAGGACGAACUGAAAGGUAAACUAGGAGAACUGAGGAACAACUGGACGCUAGUGAUUGCGGUCAGCAACACAAUCUGGCUUGUCCUUCUAGCUACAAUGGCUACACAGGCCAAUCUUGCUGUUUACAGUUCAAAUCCACUGGGUAACCUUACUUUUGAUUUAUACCAAUCUCAUAAAAUGUGGUAUUCUCUCCCUGAUGAAGUUCUAAGAAGUUUAGAAACUAGUCAGAUAAUCCCUAUUACUUCUGGAGGCAGAGAGAUAACUUUGAGUUGUAACCUCAUUGCUUAUGUUUCACCACAGGGAAGUUAA